GGCGCGUCAGCCUGCCCCGGGAGGAAUCCUAUUGGCCGCUGGCUGGAGCCGGGCACUGCCUCGUGCCGGGGGAGGGCGCACGUGCUGGGGGCGGCAGCUGCGAUCGCGACUAUGGCGUCGUUACUUUGGGGAGGCGACGCCGGGGCGGCGGAGAGCGAGCGGCUGAACGGCCAUUUUUCAAACCUCUUCCAUCCCCGGAAGAACCUUCAGGGUAUUAAGAGUACUACAGCCCCAAACAUAGAUGAUUCUAUUCAUAACACGGAAGAAGCUGAUGAAGAAGAUGUAGUGGAUUUGGCAGCUAAUUCACUCUUAAACAAGUUACUUCGGCAGUCCUUAGUAGAAUCCAGUCACCGAGUUGAAGUCUUACAAAAGGAUCCCAGUUCUCCGCUCUACUCAGUGAAAACAUUUGAAGAGCUGCGGCUGAAGGAAGAGUUAUUGAAAGGGAUCUAUGCAAUGGGAUUUAACAGACCAUCCAAAAUCCAAGAGAUGGCUCUCCCUAUGAUGCUGGCCCACCCACCCCAGAACCUCAUAGCCCAGAGCCAGUCUGGAACAGGAAAAACAGCUGCUUUUGUCUUGGCAAUGCUAAGCAGAGUUAAUACCUUGGAAUUGUUCCCACAGUGCCUCUGCCUAGCUCCUACUUAUGAACUGGCUUUGCAAACUGGUCGUGUGGUCGAACGGAUGGGAAAAUUCUGUGUGGAUGUUCAAGUGAUGUACGCCGUUCGAGGGAAUCGCAUUCCCAGAGGCACCGACGUCACCAAACAGAUUAUAAUUGGCACUCCUGGGACUGUCCUAGAUUGGUGUUUCAAGCGAAAAUUAAUUGACUUGACUAAGAUUCGUGUGUUUGUCCUGGAUGAAGCGGACGUGAUGAUUGACACACAAGGAUUCUCAGAUCAAAGCAUCCGUAUUCAGAGAGCUUUACCUUCUGAGUGCCAGAUGCUCCUGUUUUCAGCGACCUUUGAGGACUCCGUGUGGCAGUUUGCAGAGCGGAUCAUUCCUGACCCUAACGUUAUCAAGUUACGGAAAGAGGAGCUGACCCUGAACAACAUCCGACAGUAUUACGUGUUGUGUGAGAAUAGGAAGGACAAGUACCAAGCCCUGUGCAACAUCUAUGGCGGCAUCACCAUCGGCCAGGCCAUCAUCUUCUGCCAGACUCGUCGAAAUGCCAAGUGGUUGACUGUGGAGAUGAUGCAGGACGGCCACCAAGUGUCUCUGUUAAGCGGAGAACUGACAGUGGAUCAGCGAGCCUCCAUCAUUCAGAGGUUUCGGGAUGGGAAAGAGAAAGUUCUUAUAACAACCAAUGUCUGUGCUCGAGGGAUCGAUGUGAAGCAGGUCACAAUUGUGGUGAACUUUGAUCUCCCUGUAAACCAAGCUGAGGAGCCAGACUAUGAGACCUACCUUCACCGCAUAGGGCGGACAGGACGCUUUGGAAAAAAGGGCCUCGCCUUCAACAUGAUUGAAGUGGAUAAGCUGCCCCUACUUAUGAAGAUCCAGGAUCACUUUACAACAAGGACGGUCCUGAUUUCUGAGAUCUGCUGUGCUUCCUCCAGCCCCCCAUCCAAACAAGGCAGGCUCUGAUAACCGGCUGGGGUUCUUGGACUGGCAGCUUGCCCUCUGAUGGGAACUGAUGGAAACUGGAAGGGUGACCUAAACUGAGGUGUCCACUUCUCAGACUACCCCAUACUGCAAAGCCCAUGGAUAUGGCUGGGGAGCGGGGGAAGAGGGACACCCAAAUGACCCCAAAUAUAUCUUCACCUUUUGGGAAAAUGGUACUUAACUUUUGUGGGAAGCAGUGGACACUGUCCUGGGGAAAUGCACAGAGGCAUAUGUAUGCAGUCUGGAAUACAAUUUUGAAAAGUCUACAGACUGUAGCACGUCCAUGGCCCCUUCAGGGAAGUUGAUUACUCAUGCUAUGGUAAGCGCCUUAUGACCUAGACUUGGGAAGUGAGCCUUAGCCCUUCUCCCAGUUGCCAUCCUGUACCCCCACCCACACACACACUCACCCCCCACAGGCCCACUUCAUUCCUAGCAUGGCCAGGCCCCUUCCCAGGCUCCCCUCCCUUGCACUCUGGCCUUUUUCCUGCCCCAAGGUGUCUAGACACGCAAAUUCUAUUGUUUGAUGCAUUUGAUGCUAUCUUGGGUCAGUAUUACUUGGUUAUUUUGAUACCAUCUCCUCCUCAAGUAAUCUUGAGAACGUUCCUCUCUCAAGGGGUCACAGGAACACAUAUUUGCAUAAGUGUCACUGUCUUCAGAAAUUCCGAGUUGAGUGGAAUGAAAUUCCAUUUAG